CAGAGUGACAGAUCAAGGAAAAAUAAAAACAUAAAAAGCUCCUCUAAGCCCCGAAUGUUUUUCUAUUUGAGAAAAUCAAAAGUCUGAUAUUAUCUAACAAUGUCCGAAAACACAGAGAAACUAGAAAGCUCUUGUGAUGCGCGACGAAGAAUUUUAAAUAUAGCCGUAUCUACAGUUCUGCUAGAAACUGGCUUUGACUCUGCUGAUAAAAUGGCUUUGGAAACAUUAACAGAAAUUAUUCAGUGUUUUUUCACAGAAGUUGGCAAUUCAGCGAAGAACUAUUGUGAGCUCACAGGAAGAACAGAGCCAGUGCUUGGUGAUGUAACAAUGGCUCUUAUUAAUAUGGGUAUAAGUGUACAAGGUAUUGAGCAAUAUGCAGCCCGCCCAAACAGGCAUGUGAUACAAGCCCCACAACAGGCUUCUGUGCCCCGCACACCAGCAAUGUUAUCUGCUGGAUCAAAAGCUAAACCACCUCCGCAUAUACCAUUUCAUUUGCCACCACUGCCAGACCCACAUGCUUAUAUUCGGACACCUACACACAAACAACCAGUGACAGAAUAUGAAGCCAUAAGGGAAAAGGCUGCCAGCCAAAAGAAAGACAUUGAAAGGGCAUUAACAAAGUUCCUCGCUAAGACUAGUGAAACUCAUAAUCUUUUUAACACAGAUGACAAUCAAGUUUAUCCAUUAAUAGCAUGCAAGCCCACUUUUCCACCUUACUUGGCAUGUCUUCUACCCACCGACCAAGUUUUUGAUUUUGAUGAGCUUGAGUAUCACUUUCAAGUGGCUAACAGAACUGAAGAUUUACCAGCUGAUAAGAAAGAUCAAUCAGAUAAUGAAGGUGACAAUGGAGGUGACAAUGAAAAUAGCUCCCAACCUGAAAUUAUGGACAUUCCUGGUGCGUCAAGCCCUGAAAGGAUGAAAAGUGGAGGAUGAACUUAGUUUCUAAGCCAAUAUUAUGAUUUUAAUAAAUAUUUAUGUUUUUAAAAUAAA